GCCAAUUCUCCUUUGAAAACCCUAACCUCCCUUCUCGCUUCACUUAGAUGGACCAUCUCCUCCUCUCUUUCCUCUCUCUCGCCGAUUCCUCCCCUCCUGUUUCCCUCGACCUUUCCUUCGACCGCCUCUUCGAUUCCACUCCUUCCGACGCUGAUCAGGCUCUUCUCAUCGAUCGCGCUCACAGUAUUGGUUCCCUCCUCCUCCGUGCCGCUAAUCGCUCCGCUCGUAAACGUGCUUCUCUUCAUAACUCCAUCGCCUGGGCCCUCCCUCCUGAUCUGACCAUCAAGGUGUUUUCUAUGUUAGAUUCGCAGAGUCUUUGCUACGCCGCGACAACGUGUUGUAUGUUUAACAAGUGUAUUAUGGAUCCAUUGUGCUACGAGAAUAUUGACCUUACCACUGUCGUUCCCAAGGUUAAUAAUGCCGUUGUCUCCACCAUGAUCCAACGAGCUGGGAAAUCGUUCCGAUCGCUUAAGCUUGAAAUAGUACCAGGCCCAACUUCCUCUCCGGGUUCCUGUCAACCAUUGGUUUAUACCAUCCAGAAUUCUGUAGAUGUAUCUAGCUUUUCAUGGAAUGAAAAAAAGACCAGGCAAGGGAAGGAAUCAUCUAUUCUUACAAGGACCUGCUUAUACCCAUUAAGUGGGGACAAUGGCACCGCUGGGGCUCUUUUGUGGAGGUUGCAUCUUUACAAUAUUGAAAGAAUGGACAAUACAUCACUUUGUGUGGCAUUAGCUGCCUGCCCUUCUUUACUUGAUUUGGAAAUUGUCGGCCUCAGUCAUGUCGAGUUGAGGCAAACUUUGAUGUCAGUGAGCUCCAAUUGUCACUUGAUAGAGCGUUUAUUCUUUGAGUCUUCCAAAACAGGGAGGGAUGAUAGCUUGAAGUCGCAAACUUGUGUGGAUGUCGUGAACAAUUGUCCUAAUCUUUCUUCUUUAUCGCUGAGAGGUUUUAAACUGCAUGAUUAUAAAGUCUGUAUUCUUGUUAAGGUAUGCACUUGUUUGGUGUUAAGUUCUGGUUGACAUAUAAUCUCAAUGGUCUGAAAGUAUUAGGAAGGAUGGGGUUGCAUAAAUAUCUUAAGUUCUGUUUUA